GAAAAAUCAAUACCAAACCAGACGUAGUGGCGUUCGGUUCCGCGGUUUCGUCGAGCAAAUGGAUUAAUUUUCCCGGAUUUUUCGAGAUUUUCCCGCUUUGGACCGGUUAAUACUGUCGAAUAAGUGCAGCUACUGUGAAACGCCCCCAAAGCAGCAGUGACUCAGAGCAUAGUAUUCAUGAUCGGUUUCUGAACUGAUUAAAAAGUUUAAAGUGCAAACAAGCAAAAAAUAACUACUAACAACAUUCAUAACACCACCUGAGAAGACCAAGUGCGGAGGACACACCGCAUAAUGAAGGAAGAAAGUUUGAUCGAUUUUCGCACACAAUAGUGGUGCCGAAGAAAGAAAAAAAUCUGUGCUAAAAGAACAGCCACCCACCCACUUUGGGGGUGGUGUUAAUUUGUGCUGAACUCGGAGAAAGGAAGCAAGAAAAAGUCCAGUUUGGCCCCAAAAUAGCAAUGAAGAGCCACAUUUUUGUCGCGAUAUUGAUUUGCUGCUGCGGCGUAGUGUCGUAUGUGGGAGGAACUCCAUUGAAACAGCGGUUAUGCUACCAGUAUGGAACGACAUCGGCAACGAACACCAACCAGCAGAUUAACCAGGACAAUGCGGACGAUUAUUACGAUGACCCAGUGGAGCCAACGGACGAGGCGCUGAUUGAUAAAAAUACGUUCACCGAAGUGGCAUGCUCUCGGUAUGCAACCUUCUGCUAUACACUAUGGACAUUCGAUGUAACGAAGAACACCACCAGGGUAGUCGUCCAAGGAUGCUGGGAACUGUCGGACAAGAAGGAGACCUGCAACAGCAACGAGUGCGUUAGCCACCAGGAGACCAAAAGUGGCCACUACUUCUGCUGCUGCGCGGGCGAUCUGUGCAACGGGAACUUUAGCUACUCCGCCAAUCCCCUGCUGGUGGACGGUGGCCCACCCGGUUUGAGCGGCGGCCUUGGGAGUGAGUUCGCUCCGUACGCUCCGUACACGUCAAUCUGGACUUCGCCGACGGUUUACAUCUGCUUCGCGAUGGUGGCGAUCAUUCUGAUGCUGAUCAUUGGCUUUUUGACGUGCCGCACGUCCACCAAGGCGGUUUCUGAGCUGGCCCCGCUGGCACCUUCCGGACCGGGGUACAGUUCCAACCUGUACAACGUGGACAACCUGAAGCUGGUCUCGAUGAUUGGGCAGGGAAAAUAUGGAACCGUUUGGAAGGGCGUCGUCAACGAGCAGCACGUGGCGGUGAAGAUCUUCACCGCUCAACAUCGGCAGUACUUUCUGAAUGAAAAGGACGUCUACACGGUACCUCUGAUGGAAUCUCCAGCGCUGUUGACGUAUUUCGGAUGUGACGAGCGUCGCACGAUGGACGAUCGGAUCGAGUACAUGCUGGUGCUGUCGUUGGCCCCCUUUGGAUGUCUGCAGGACUGGCUAGCGGACAACCGGAUGCCGUUUGCGAUCUUCUGUAAGAUGGGCAAAUCGAUCGCGAACGGACUGGCCCACCUGCAUACGGAGAUUCGCAAGGGAGACAUUGUGAAGCCUUGCAUUUGUCACCGGGAUCUGAACUCGAGGAAUAUUUUGGUGAAGGCUGACUUGAGUUGUUGCAUUUGUGACUUGGGUUUUGCGCUAAAGACGUUUGGACCACGUUACGAAUGCCGUGGGGAAAUUGCGUUGGCCGAAACCAAGAGUAUCAAUGAGGUGGGAACGCUUCGUUACAUGGCACCGGAAGUUCUGGAAGGGGCGGUGAACCUGAGGGAUUGUGAAUCUGCGCUGAAACAGAUCGACGUUUAUUCGCUGGGGUUGGUUUUGUGGGAGUUGGCAACGAGGUGUGAGGAUUUCUACCCGGAUGAAUCUCUGGUCCCGGACUAUAAGGCCCCUUACGAGGAAGAUAUCGGGACUCAUCCCAGCUUUGAGCAGAUGCAAGUGUUGGUUUCGCGUAACAAGACCCGACCACGAUUCCCACCAACGUACGAGAACAGCGUGGCGGCCAAAGUGGUCAAGGACACCUGCGAGGACUGCUGGGAUAACGAUGCCGAAGCUCGUUUGACGGCACUCUGCGUUCAAGAACGUAUCCAGGAGAUAACUCUAAUGAAUCCCAAAGCACAACUUAACAAAGGACAAACUCCUCCCCUGAGUACGAACAACUUGAUCAUCACUUCACCAACUGCACAAAGCAAGAUCAGCCCAACGGCUGUCUCGUUUAUGACGCCCCCAAACCAGCAAGUAAUCCCACAAAUCAAUCACUACUGUGAUACCACAACAGGAUCCGCCAAGAUGGUCAAUAUGGCGGUCAAAACCCGACACCAAAACGGCUUACAAAAGCACAGUAUUAACGACGCCUACAUUCCCGACGAGGAGGACAAGUUUGCGUCGCUGACCAACAGCAGCGAUCAGCAGCCGGAAGUUGCCUUCCGCAAUCCACGUGGCCUACCCAAACUGGACAACAACGAAAGCCAGCUUAAAAUCAAAGGACUCAACAGCGUCAAAGCAAUGCUGCAGAAAACAUUCCACAAAACCCCAAUCCCGUACGUCCAGCAGGACUGUGACGAUAAAUCAAACCUAGUCGAGCACAACAACUCAACGCUAGCCUACAAGGUCAACAUGAUCAACGCCGCCGACAACGACAUCGAGAAGCGCUCCACCCUCGAACGGCCCAACAAUCUGGAUCUCUCCUCCUCGGGAAGCACCGCCGGAGGCACUCGAUACGAGCACAACCUGAUCCGAUCGGCCAACGAAAGCAGCUCCAAGUUCAAAGCCCUGGCCGACGACUUCACCAGCCAACCCUUCACCAUGAUCCAGUCGACCUCGCCCAACCCGAAACUUCGCAUCGUCGUUUCCAAGUCGGCCAACGCCGUCAAGAAUCUCAACGGUCGCGAUCAAUCCGCGGAAGACGGCACCAGCUCCGGCAAGUUCAUGAAGCGCCAGCGCUCGCUAGAGGUGUUCCACGAGGUGUUUGGCCCCAAGGGAAGCAUCGAGCGGCUGCGCAACCCCAGCCAGCGCGUCAAAACGCCCGGCGAUGUGCCGCCGUCGGUGCGGAAGGUGCGCGCCUCCAAGACCCUCUCGCUGUACGACGACCGGAUGAUGGACACCAGCAAAAUGGCCAACUCCGUAUAGCAUGAGGAGGUACUUUUGCUGGAACUUUAAACGGGCGCGCGCGCGAAAAGUACAGCGAGAGUGGGGCAAACAGAGCGGACAAAAACGGAGCAGGUUAAUCUCAAACAACUCAGAUAGAAGGAGUAGUGUAUGAUAACAACAAAAAAAGUAAUUUAAAACAAAAAACCUUUAGCUAGUCGUAAGCAACAUUUGUGUACCCAGAUCUGAUAUGUAGAUUUACAUUUUUGGAAAUAAUAUUUCAAACAGUUCUUAAGCGUACUUAAAUAAAUAAACACACUUACUAUGUAAAACGGUAUUACAAAAUACAACAAAGUUAGUUACACACCGUACUCUAAAACCCAAAAAGAAAAGACUUUUUUUGUAGGUGACAAGUGUAAGAAGCACACUAAUCUGUAAGAUCUGUGAAAAGUGAACUUGAUAACUCAAUAGGGAAAUAAAAAUACCUAAUUAUUAUGAACAAA